AUGUUUGAUUACGUCAGCUUCAUCCUUUCUGCAACCUUUACACCUAUCCUAGUCAAUAUCGCAUUUCACCAACCGUACUCUUGGUUCCAGACCAUCUCUCUCGCAGGAGUCCUCGCCGUCAUAUCCAGCAUCUGUGCUUUGAUCGAUGCAAUGUUCUUGCGACUCUUCUUUUCUAGUGAUCUUCACAACCUUCCUACUGCAAUACAAGGACCAGUCUGGAAAAGACUAUUUCGGGAGCCAACAGGUGAUCGCCUUUCUCAAUUCAUGCCUGAGGCUCCUACCAGUCAAAUAAUCCGGUACUUCGGUGUUCUCAACUCCGAGCGGUUGCUUCUCACGGACCCAAAGGAUAUCAAACAAGUCAUGGAUUCGCAAGCUUACGAGUUUGGUCGUUCGUAUCUGAUUCGCCGUCUACUUUCUCCAAUCUUAGGGAAGAAUAGCCUGGUGGUCAGCGAUGCACACAAAGGUAGCGCCGAACAGCAAGCAUACGGCUCGGAAGAUUCUGUCGAGAUACUCAAAUGGCUCGAGAAGACGACAUUCCAGAUUGUGUUCACAGCCUUCUUCGGCACGACGUCAACCAACGAACAAGGCCCACUUGAGGACCUUCUACAAGAAUUCCGAGAAGCGUUUUCAAUUUCGUCAGGACUAUACGCGCAAGCGGAGAUGGCAUGGGAAACGAUCCUCCCCUCGCAUCUAUUCUUCGGCCUCAUUCCGUUGGAUGACAUAAGAAAGACAAGAAAAUCUAUGCAGAUUAUCAGGGCCUUUUGUCAGAGCCAGAUUACACUGAGAAAAUCCAAGAACACGCCCGAGUCUCGCAUGCUACUAGAUAAGAACAUCCUGGAUACGGUAAUCAGGUCGGAGAAUCUUAGUGACGAGGAGAUACUGGAGAUGUGUACAACCUUCCUAGCAACAGGCUACAAAACUGUAUCGAUUGCGGUCGCCUGGGCUAUUUAUCACCUUUCAAUCAGACCUGGUGUGCAAGCUUUGUUACGUGCAGAAGUCCGCAAAAGCUUCCCGGCACCCGAUCGGGCCGGCACACCAUCUUUCAGACCCGAUACACUACAAAGAAUGCCCAUCCUAACAGCUGUCUUCAACGAGACCUUGAGAUUUUCUCCAUUGGUACAUCUGACAUACCGCGAAGCGCGAACUGACAUGAUACUACCCGGUUCGAAUCAGGUCAUACCAGAAGGUACAAUACUUGCGAUCUCACCUUGGGCGAUUCAAAGAUCUCCGGUGUACUGGCGAGGUGGAGAACCUUCUAUCGGAUUUUCGAGCACCUCUCAUACGGCGUGCCCAAGCCCACUCACAUGGGACAUCUCACGAUGGUUAUCAGACAAAAAGGGAGGAGCGAGGAUGCAAUGCUCGUUCAUGCCCUUCGGGCGCGGACCGCGAUGUUGUAUUGCAGAGGAUUUUGCUCGAGAUGAGAUGGCGGUCUUGCUUGCCGUGCUGGUCGCGAGGUUCGAUUUUUCUUUUCGAUCCAGUGGUCGUGAUAGUAAUCCAAAGCCCGAAGAUCUGAGAACUUCGUUUGGUGUAGCAGCCAAGCCUGUGAGGCUGAUGGUGAGAGCUCAGCCAGUAUUUGGUUGGUGA